GUAUGUAUAUGUAUCAUAUAUUGACCGUUAAUGAGAGUUUCGAGGAACUAUCUUAUUGAUUUGGUUUGUCUUAAUGUGUUUUUGUCGUGUCUACGUGACCAUGUCCAUUCUGCAGUGAAGAGAACGCGCUCUGGCUCAGUGUGAAAAUUACACGCACUGAUGAGUAUCAAAAGCGUCAGUGCAUCACUCAAGGUCCAGUCAGGUCAACGACUGCUGUUCCAUCUGUAAAGCCUAUCACUAUUCCUUCCUUACUCAUACACAACACGCACACACACUUGCAUCAAUGCCCUGCUCAUUUGGUUCUUAGUGUAAGUGCAUUUAGAUAUCCAGUGGCAUAGACACCUUCUCUGGGAGCAAAGUUCUUUGAGGAAUUCUGGAUAACUGGCCAGUUUUGUCUAAUUUAAUGGUGAAGGCACCAUGUCUUUCACAGAUCAUCACAUCUUUGUUGAACAGCAAAUCUCACACAAACUCAUAGUGAAAGUGUUGCGAGCUGAAAAUGUCACCAAGGGACCUCUUGGAGACCUGUUGGAUACCCCUGACCCAUAUGUGGAGUUGUUCAUCCCCACUUCCCCAGAGAGCAGAAAGAAAACACGACAUAUAGACAACAACAUCAAUCCAGAGUGGAAUGAGACAUUUGAAUUCAUCCUCGACCCCAACCAAAACGACGUGCUUAAGCUGACAUUAAUGGAUGCUAACUAUGUUGUGGACGAAAUGUUGGGUAUGGCUUCAUAUGACAUCUCUAAACUUGAAGUUGGACAAACAGUACUGGUGUCAUUUCUUAUAGGAAAAAUGACCAAAGUAUACUUGGAGCUUUCCUUGGAGGAGUGCUCAGCAAUAGAUCUGAGAUUCAAUCUGGAUCUGUGCCCUAAAGAAAAGCUAUAUAGACAACACCGGCACGACAGAGUCAUGCUGGGCAUCAAGAAAUUGUUGCACAUGGAGGAACCUUCCUCCCUCCCUUCCUCUCCUCAUGAGGUUCCAGUGAUUGCUGUGCUGGGCUCAGGGGGAGGUUUCAGGGCAAUGGUUGGGUUUUCAGGGGUUAUGAAGGCUUUGUAUGAGUCUGGAGUUCUGGACUGUGUCACAUAUAUCGCUGGCCUAUCUGGAUCCACUUGGUACAUGUCCGCUUUGUACUCCCACCCAGAGUUCCCCACUAAGGGUCCAGCGCAGAUUAACCAGGAGCUGAAGAAUCGUGUGAGCAGUAACCCUCUCCGACUACUCCUUCCCAAACACAUCACUAACUACGUACAUGCCCUCUGGAGCAAGAAGGCCACAGGGCAGCCUGUUACCUUUACAGAUAUCUUCGGGAUGUUGAUAGGCGAGACGCUCAUUCCCUCUAGGAUGGACACCAAGUUGAGUGAGUUGCAGGAAAAGAUAAAUGAAGCACAGGCUCCUCUACCCUUGUUCACCUGCCUGCAUGUAAAACCAGAUGUCUCUGAGCUUAAGUUUGCAGAUUGGGUGGAGUUCAGUCCGUAUGAGAUCGGAAUGGCUAAAUAUGGAACCUUCAUGACCCCUGACCUUUUUGGAAGCAAGUUCUUCAGGGGUAAUGUGGUCAAGAAGCAUGAAGAGAACCCUCUUCACUUCCUCAUGGGUGUGUGGGGCAGUGCCUUCUCCAUCCUGUUCAACAGAAUUUUGGGAUUCAAUGAUGUGCCCAACGGCAGUACCAUGGAGGAAGAACUAGAACAGAUCAAACCGGAACACAUUGUUGGAGAAGAUAGUCUAGAUAAUGAUGAAGACUCGCAUAAAGAGGACGAAUAUAAGGCCAGCUGGAUGCAGCGCAUGGCUAGCUCUCUCUUCAGUGACUCAGUUCUUUUUAAAACAAGAGAAGGCAGAGCAGGAAAAGUACACAACUUCAUGUUGGGCUUAAACCUCAACAAUGAUGUGCCAUUUUCCACUUUCACUGAGACCGCCAGUCCCAUGGAGGAUGAGGUUGAUGCAGUCACAGACCCAUUUGAGUUUGACCGUAUCUAUGAGCCGUUAGACGUAAAGAGCAAGAAAAUUCACGUGGUGGACAGUGGCUUGACCUUUAACCUGCCUUAUCCACUGAUUCUAAGACCUCAGAGAGGUGUUGACCUCAUUAUCUCCUUCGACUUUUCUGCCCGACCGAGUGACUCUAGUCCUCCAUUUAAGGAACUUCUGCUAGCUGAGAAAUGGGCACGAAUGAACAAACUUCCAUUUCCCAAGAUCGACCCAAAGGUGUUUGAUCGGGAGGGGAUGAAGGAGUGUUAUGUAUUUAAGCCCAAACAAGGAGAAAAGAACUGCCCUACUAUUAUCCAUUUUGUCAUGGUCAAUAUUGAAUUCAGGACGUUCAAAGCUCCAGGUGUUCCACGUCAGACGGACAAAGAGAGAGAAUUUGCAGACUUUGACAUCUUUGAUGACCCAGAGACACCCUACUCAACCUUCAAUUUUCAAUAUUCCAAUCAAGCCUUCACCCAGCUACAUGAUCUUAUGGAAUUCAACACGCUUAACAACAUAGCGGUCAUCAAAGAAGGGAUAAAGGACAGUAUCUUGUAUAGGAAGGAGACUCCAUCUCGCUGCUCUGCCUCUCUUUCUCUCAGUCAAGUACAAAACAAAAAACACCUGAAGAGGGUGUCCAAAGGACAAGCAUGCCAAUAAGUAUGCAGAGUAUGAUGGCAUUCUAGCCACAGGAAGUUUACAGAUGUCACACAUCUUAUCAUGGAAACACUUUUUUUUCAACUGAAAACCAACUCCACAAACUGUGAAACCAGAUGAUCUGGUUUGGUUCCCAGAACAUUCUCAUGUAGCCUUUUAAUAAUAAAAAGAGAAGUGGUGAGUGACAAUGAAAUUACCAUUUACAGUCUAAUUGUUGACAUUAGGUUGUGCAAGUGAAUUAGUUUUUCUAGAAAUUUCUGUGUUAACUUCUAUUAAGAUACAUAAUGUCUAUUUAAAGUGCAGCGAGAUUUACUUGUCGUUAGUUCACCCAAAAAGACAUUUUUGUUAUCAUUUACUCACCCUUAUGUAGUACUUUUUCUAAUUCUUCUGCGGAGCAUAAAAAAAUAUUUUGAAGGCCAUUGGGGUCCAAAAAACAUUGAUCUGCAUUGUAUAGACAAACAAACACUUUUCUAAACAUAUUCUUUGAUGCUCUACAAAAGUCAGGUUUGGAACAACAUGUGGGUGAGCAAAUGACAACAGAAGUUUUAUUUUUGGUUGAACUGUCCUAUUCAAUAUAAAAUUAUCCUUUGAUAAUAAUCAAAUCAAUCCCAAGGAUGUGACCAAAAGCACCUUUGGGCUUUUGGUGUGCUUGUUUAUGUUUUUGGCAACUGCUAAAACAACAUCAUAUGAGUCCUGAUUUAUGUUUUAUGAACUGAGGGAGUGCCUCAACAAAAGAGCACAAAACACCUGUACCUGAGGUACAAAACAAAACAUGAAACCAUGGCAAUGUCACCGCUAUCCUGCUUUAGUCAGUUGAACGGGUGUUUAUUUUAAGUUAUUGCUUAGAUGCAAAGAGAGUUUUUAUUUUGAGCUGUGUCAUUUCCCUUUACCCUUAACCACUAUUGUCCAUUAGUAUCUGAGUGAAAGGGAAAAGAAAAGUAGUUAAUCCUCAAACCAACACUUCGAUAUCAGGAUGACAUUAUGCACCUUUUUCACACAGUACAAUGGUAGAUCAUGACACUGAUUUCAUAAAAUUGACUCCACUAUACCUGCUGCACUGUGAAGUUGGUAGAUGAUAUAAACUCAUGGAACAGGAAUGGCGGUUUAAGAUGUAAAUGUCCUGCUCUGUCUUACUAUAGUGUAUUUGAACCUUUUUGCCCCUUUUUUGGGAUUAUCUUGGGAUUUAUUGACAAGGUAAUCAGCAGUUUGUACAUGAAGACUCACUAAGUAGUCAUUUAGUAUUUAUUUGUAUAACCAUGAAUUCUUAUGUUAAAAGUGUAUGUUUUAUUACAACGCAUUUGGUAUGCAUUGUUUACACUUAAUAUAACAUCUUAAGAUGGUGAUGGAAUAAUAAAUCAGGCUUUAAAUAUAUGAACAAUUUUAUUAUUUUAUUUUUUUUGUCCUUAUAUUGCAUUUCAAUAUCACAUUAGCCAAAACCAACAUGUUUUGAGACAACAUACCUUUGCAAAGGGUUAAGGCAUUAUUAUGUCCUAUACAAGAGGAUGUGUUUUUAGUUACAUUUUAAGCUAUAUGUUAGAAAAACAUCUGAAUACUUCAGCAGAUUCACAUAUUCUCAGCACUGAUCUACUUUAGUCCCAUCUUUCAUGAUCACUUAAAAUCAUUCAAAACAUACCAUAGUAGUAAUAUUAAUGUUCCAAUACGUAUAUGGGCCAUUCUACAGAAUUGGUUCAAAGUCAGAUUUGGAAAAAGUUU